CAUUGCAAACAUUUUGCGCUCUCGUUUUUUGAGUACAACCUAGUAAAUCCUUAGCUGCUCCCAUGGAAACAAUUAAGCUGACCGGCUUUAGCGCUCCAGAAUAGUUGUUACUUGCAAUAACGGACCGAAGAUCGAGAGUACAUUUCCUAAAUACUGGUAAUAAGUGACGCCGGACAAAUAAAGCGCUUCGGGACCAUUUGAAAUGAUCAAGUCACGUACUUAACUAGAUAUGUAUCCUUCAACUAUAUCAUAUAUACUCCUGAAACACUAGGAUAGCAGCAUAGCGAAUGCCCUAACGCAGUAGAAGUUGAAAUCGUACCGAAAACAUAGGCAAAUUAUAUACGCCCCGUUGUGUGAGUCGCACGCUCGAAGUAUUUCAAGGCGUGUUUUCACUUAGGUGCCUUUCCACAGUGACCCUCGGCACUCCCCUCAUGUUCGUGGUUUUACUCUAAGCAGGCACACAGAGGCAGGCCGUUCCAGAGCGUAACUGUGUGUGGAUCGCGCUACUGAUCAGGUGCACACACCUCCUCGCCCUUAAGCACCUGAAGCACCUGUUCAGCUUUUUCACGAGACCCAAGACGCUGUGGCUUCAGGAUCAACGACGUCCCGCACAUCCAGUUAGUUCGGCUUCACUCCCCCGCGAGAGCACCUCGUAGCUGCGAUGCCACCUCGGUAACUAGAGAAGAGAUCCACUUCCCUCUCCGACUCGAAGGGCGGAUAUAUUCAAUCGAGGCAUAUAUGACAGCUGCAGUUGUACCUCGUCAGUCGAGUAUUUGGUUGUAGUAGGACCAGCAGUCAGUUCAUUCGUGCCUGCAUAUGGUAAACAAGCCAAACUGUGUCGCAGUUCGCACAGGGAUUACAUGACGUGUUCGUCGUACGGCGAUUAUCAGCGCAUCUAUAUUGAUAAAUUGACGUUUAAACAAUGGCAAUGUUGGCAUACAUCUGUCGAAUAAUGAUUCUCUUCUCCUACGUAGCAGCCUUACAUUGCUACGUUACUGGAUCACGAGAGACGGCACAAGCGCCUCAAAAUGAAGUCAGCGCCCACAUCAAGGUUCGUAGCAUUACAAAUUUUCUCCGCUCGAUGCAGAAGCUAGGUGUACGUACGAACAGCAAAGGAAACAUGCAGUUUUCUUCUACGGGGUGCAAAAAUGAUGACCGUAUCUGUGCAGACAACGCGUACAGCGAGUGGACUAAAUGGUCAAAAUGCACGCGUAAAUGUCGACAGCGGAGACAUCGUCGGUGUCCUUCUACAGCGUUGCCUAAUUGCAAGGACGAAAAGCAAACUCGACCAUGUGUGAGCGACAAAUGCAGAGCACCCAUAACCAUCCCCGACGAGAAGCGCUCGUCAAAUAAAACAACCGCCAGCACCAAAGACUUUAAGGUGCUGUACGAGCUUCAAAAGUAUGUCUACACUACAUGGACCGACUGGACGCCAUGUUCAAAGAAUUGCCACACUCGCCGAUAUCGAAAUUGCGUUAUGCCUAUUCUGUGCGGACACAGCGUUCAGCAUGAGGACGCACUUUGCUACGCUGAAGGAUCUUCGUGUGAGAUGCUCGCUAAGCCUCAAGCCGGCGCAAUUGAACUAGAUCUCCAAAUGAUCCCACAAGCCGGUGUCGACCCUACUCUGCAACCUAACUUCGAGUGCGGCAAGGCCCCUCCCCACCCAAAACUUCGUAUCAUUGGCGGAACAGCCACCUGGAAGGGGAAGUGGCCUUGGCAAGUGGCCUUACUCAACAGGAACAAAGAAGCAUUCUGUGGCGGUACCUUAAUCGCGCCAGACUGGGUGCUAACGGCUGCUCACUGCGUGCGCCGUUCACUGCAUGUCCUCGCUGGAGAACACAAUAUAAAAAGGCGACGGGGAAAGGAAGUAGCUGUGGCCACAUGCUUCGUUCAUCCCGAAUACGAUGUCGAGACGGUUGACAACGAUAUUGCGUUGCUCCAGUUAGAAACGCCUCUUGUUUUCAACAACUUUGUGGGCGCAGCGUGCCUCCCUGACGCACCCCUGUCUGCUGGAGCUCGUGGUACCAUUCUCGGGUGGGGUAAGCUGAGUGAUCAGGCUGUAAAUGGGUCGGAGAUCCUACAAGAGGCGCAAGUUCCAGUUAUCCCCCAACCGGAGUGCCGUGACGUUUACUCUGAAUAUUUUGUCAGUCAGAAUAUGCUGUGCGCAGGCUACAGGAGAGGCCGAAUCGAUUCAUGCGCGGGCGAUUCGGGUGGGCCACUCCUCGUUCAAAAUAAUAAAACAAAACGAUGGACGGUUCAAGGGAUUACUUCGUUCGGCGAAGGCUGUGGCCAGCGGCCCGGUAUCUAUGCACGCGUCGCCAAUUACGUUAGCUGGAUACGGGAAACGAUUUCUACAUCAUACAGCAAUUAGGGAAGAUGAACUCAAGACAUAAUCUGUGGCUGCGAAAAUAAGCCAGCUGUUGUGAUUGUACAGUAAAACGUGAAAUAGGUUAGCCCAAAGAGGCCAGUUCGACCCUUAAUGGCGUCUGGAUGCUGGGCCAGUAGUUUUCAACAGGGGAUUAAUUGCAAGCUUAAUAAGUGUGAGUGUAAAAUGCAUAGGUACAUUUGAUGACGACGACGACGCCUGCAAUGCAAUCGUUUGUGCCAGCUAACAGCUGGUAGGAUUCAAUUAUUUCUAGUCUGCGUAGCCGUAAAAAAGGAUGAACGUGUAUAGUGUAUAUCGACCUUAACGGGUGAUAAAAUGUCGUAACUUAUUUAAUUAGUUUUACACCAUAACAGUUGCAAAAUGCUACUACGGCCAGACGGCAUUGAGAAGCUUGGUCCGUAGUGGAGGGCCUGUGGAAUAGAGCAGAUAGUUCCAUAAAGGUAAAGGAUAGGUAGAAUAGAGAUUAUAUGAUACAAAGAUAUAUCUUAAUUAUUAUUCAAAGAUGUGUUUAAAAGAGAGAGUUACUUAUACUGGCGAAAUAAAUUCUAAAAAAAUAUCUAAAAACAUAGUAGAAUUAUUUUUAUUGCUCGAAUAGCAGCAAAAUGCCAUAACUAAAACUAAGUAUAUAUUACGUUUCGAAUAAAACUAUGAAAGUCCGAGCUAGGUUUGUCAGGAAAUCUGUUGAUCCGCUUUGAGAUUAUUUUGUUUUUCACACCGACCUCUAUUUGGUACAGGGGUGUCAUGUAUUCCAAAAGUCAACUUCAGGAGUCUUAUUAACAAACAGCAAACGCUUGUUUGUAUCGCAUUAACUAACUGAUAUGGGGAAAAUAUACAUAUGACUGUUUUGGCCCUUGACUUCAUGUCCUCAAGGCAAAUUAGA